GUCGGUGCUAAAUUCAUCCGUGUUGUUUCCAACUAGUACGUGCGUUCCCCUGUAUCUUAUCUUCAUAAAUUGGCUUUUUCUGCUGCAGAUCCUUUGAUCUACGAACUUUAUUUGACUGCAGAAAAUAUUACUGCCAAAUCAACCACUUUUUACUGCAAAAAAUAUUACUGCGUAUCAUAUUGUGACUUGGUCGUGAGUACGUGCAUCAACAUCAUAGUUAGUGUCGAUAUCCUGUAAGUUGAAUUUGCAUAAAUUGAUGAUCCGUUGGCAAUCAUUCAAGCAAUGACAAAAAUGGCGAACAGAAAUAACAAGAACAAUAUGUAACAAAAUCAUUCAAGAAAUGGCACACAUUACUCGGUUGGCUCGCGUAGUUCUUGCUUGUUUGCUCCUGUAGAAGGACCCCUGUUGCUGUCGGAUAUUACAACUGAGCCGUUUUAGUUCUUGCCGCUUUUCGAUGCGGAUACUUCUUCUAAACCGUUCCUGCUGCUCCGUCUGCUAAGUAAAAAAAGGAUGGACUCUGCUUUGGCUGAACUUGCCGGGUCCUUGAUCGCCUUUGUAGUCUUUUUCACGAUCUCCUUUACUAUCUCUACUAUUCAGGAUAGGUGUCGAAGACGGAAACGGAAGGAAACGGAAACGAAUGCGCAUCCAUAUUUAAGAAUGAUGGAGGACAAUAGAAUAGUGAUUGCUCAUGCUCAUUGCUUGUCUUCUGCUCCUUCUCGUACAUAUUUACACUAUUUAAACCAACACGACGACGACUGUCAGAGCACGGCUCUACGGCCACCAUGAACGAUGGCAACAGCAACAGGGACAACAGCCUGCAUAUUGAAUAUCGAUCAUACGGGGCACACGAUUAGGAGUACUAUUACCAAAGAAAGGAAGGCUUCUUUCGUUUCGAAUGCAUCUAGUCAGUUCCUCUAAUCUGUCCAUACGACCACGAACGAACUCGGAUGCUUGGCAGCAAUCAGCAGCUGAAUGGUGAAGGAGGUGGAUACGAACAGUCAGGGGGAGAGGGCACCCAAAUGUUACGGCUGCAGGACAUGAGAUGAUGAAUUAGAGUUUUUUGCUUGAAUGAUGUUCAUGCUCAUGAUCUUGAUCUUCACCAAGAAUGGGAAUAAGUAUGAUGAAGAGAAACAUUUUUGUACUGGUACUAGUAGUCGCCCUAUUUUUUUUACUUAUAUAUUUUUCAUUAACUAACAAGUCUAAGAAAAAGAUUUUUUUCGACAGUAUAUCUAUGGAUAUGCGUUCAGGUUCAUUACUCUCAAGAACAGUCUCUACAGCUGCUUGAAAUUGCUGGAUAAACUGGAAGUAAAAUUAUACUUUUUUGAGAUGGGAGAGCUAGCCGCUUGAGAUUGAUUCGAGAUUUAGACCUGCUAGUAGACGAGUCUGCUCAACAUCUACUUCUAAUCUUGCUGCUUUCGCAUCAGGAGUGUCAACAUCAUGGGGCAGCUAUAAGCGAUCAAAUGCAACAUCCAAAUACAAACUUUGCUAUGCAUUUUUGAGGAAACAUACGCCAACGCCACACGAUAAUAUACACGAUAACUUAACACAAAGAACAACGUGAGUGGUUAACUACAGCGCUGCCCUGGCGAUAGUUAGCUUGUGGUGGCUGUAGUAGGAUGUUGUUUGUAGCCUGUCGCGAAAAAACGUAAAAAGUAGAUCCUUCGUCUGUUUUCUUACGAUUUCGUUGGUAGUUGCUGUGGAUUCAGUAAAGCUGAGGAAGGAAGGGCGCUGUUCGCAGUUAUUAAUACGAGAAGACAUGGAUUUGGAGGUAUGAGUAAGUAAGCUGAG